AUAUUUUUUCGCUCUGAAUAAGAAAGUUCUAUUUUGCAAUAAAUAAUUCAAUCUAUCACCAUGAAUAUCGCCGAUAUUGAAAAAGUUGCUAAUCGAAAACGGAUUAACGCUGAAGCAGAAAAGUUACGCGAGAAAGUUAACAAAGAGACUGCUAAUAUUAUUAAACUUAAGGUUGCCCAAGAUACAGCAUACUGGGAUUUGAAAGAAAAACUUCAUCAACUCGAAAACAACCAUGAGCGCCUGCAGCAGAACAUGGUUGAGGUGCAAAUGCAGCACGAAGCGAUUUCGGGUCAAUACCAAGACGAGCUAAGACUGCGGCCUGAAACAUUAAAUAAAUUGAGCAGUACUCGUCAGAUCUGCGAUGUUCUAGAAGAAUACAGCGAGCGGCUUAAAGCAAGCGUGUCCCGUUGCAAGAAUGACCAGGCAAUGCUAGCUGAAGCCUACAACAAAUCCGGCCAGCUUGUUAGAGAAAUUAAAGACAAGCAAACCCAGUCUGAAGAGAAGAACUUGCAGAUUAUCAAUAAUUUACAAGACAAAGUUAAACUGCUUGCUGACCAUAAGGAGCAACUGUCCCAAGUAUUUACGUCCUCAAAACAGCAACUAGAUUUGGAGUUGAAUGACGCUCGAACUAAACUUGCCACUGCUCUUAACCAAAAAGACGAGUUGUUCGUAGCUUUGAAUGACUUGAGCAGAAAACUGGAUCAUACUAAACGUGAACUGGAAAAGAAAGAUGAUAAUAUCGCUAGUUUGCAAUCAGAUAUGAAAAAAUGCCUUCUUGAAUGCAAUAAUCACAUCACGGAAAUGAAGAACGCUAACUCUCAACAAGAACAAGUCCUGAAAGAAUAUACGGCAGCCAACGAAUCUCUAAAGAAAGCGCUCCAGAACCAGGAACAAUUCACUCAGUCGAUUUGUGAUCAGAAUAAUAAGCUACAAGAGAAAAUUUCGACUUUAGAAGAGGAACAAAUAUCCAGCUCUGAGAAAAUUAAAGAUUUGGAAUCAAAGCUAGAGGCAAAUAUUUUUCAUGUUUAUUUUCUAAAUAGAACUUAA